AUGAGCUAUCCGGGAAUCUUAUCCGCUUUACUAGGAAUAAUUCUGCUGUCCGUUCACGUCAAUUCCGUCUGUCAACACUACAACGCCACCUGUCCGGAGUGGAUGCAAUAUGGAGUCGUCUCGGCACGUAUCAAGACCGGAUCUACAUCGUUAGGCGUCGUCUCCUCGUUCGUCAUAUCGAAUAACACCAUUGAAACCUAUGGUGAUGAAAUUGAUUAUGAAUGGGUCGGCCUGAAUCGCAACGAGGUACAGUCGAAUUACUAUUGGAAUGGCACCUUGAAUUUUACAAACGGUAUGCACCAUUCACUCGCAUUUGACACCACCCAAGACUUUCAUGUUUACACUGUCGAUUGGAAACCCGAUUACAUCCG